ACUAAUGCCGACAACUGCAGAUUGACUCCAACACCUGCACCAGAUCCCAGCCGUCCAUCAUGUCUCUCAGCACCAGAUCCUACGGCCAGAGGACCAUGAGCGUCUACGGUGGCGCCGGCGGGAGCGGCACUCGCAUCUCCACAUCCCAGAGCAGCUACAAACCUUUCAACCUGGCUGAUGGCUUGGACCUCCACGUUGGAGCCAACGAGAAGGCCACCAUGCAGAACCUGAACGACCGCCUUGCCUCCUACCUGCAGAAGGUGCGCACUCUGGAGAAGGAGAACGACCGCCUGGACAAGCAGAUUCGGGAUUGGUACGCGAACCGCACUGUGGUUUCCCAUGACCACACCGGCUUCUUCGCCAUCAUCGAGGACCUGAAGGACAAGAUCCGAGUCGCCGCUAGGGUCAAUGCUAAAACUGUUCUGGACAUCGACAAUGCAAAACUUGCUGCCGAUGACUUCAAAAUGAAGUACGAGAGCGAGCUGGCCAUCCGGUUGGCGGUGGAAGCCGACAUUGCCGGGCUGAGGAAGGUUCUGGAUGACUUGAACCUGGCCAGGCUGGAUCUGGAGGGUCAGCUGGAGGGCCUGAGGGAGGAACUGAUCAUACUGAAGAGGAACCACCAGGAGGAAAUGGCUCUGCUGCAAAGCCAGAUGGGGGGUCAGGUCAACGUGUCUGUGGACGCCUCACCGUCUCCAGACUUGAACGAGGCCAUGAAGGAGAUCAGAGAGCACUACGAGAGCUCCAUCGCCAAGAACCGCAGAGACCUCGAGGCCUGGUACCAGAAUAAGGUCGCAGGUCUGGAGGCGGAAGUCACCACGCAGACAGAGGUUCUGUCCACAACACGCACUGAGAUCAAAGAUCUGAAGAGCACCUACCAGAGGCUCCAAAUAGAACUGCAGUCUCAUUUGAGCAUGAAAGCUUCUCUGGAAGGCACACUGGCAGAGACUCAGGCGCGCUACGCUUCCCAGCUAGCAUCUCUGCAGAACCAGGUCUCCAGCCUGGAGGCUCAGCUCUCACAGAUCCAGGCCAACAUCGUCAGCAACAAGAAUGAGUACGACAUGCUGCUGGACCUGAAGACUCGCCUGGAGCUGGAGAUUGCAGAGUACAGACGUCUGCUGGACGGGGAGGAUGAGUCCUCAAAACAAGUCAUCACCAAGGUCAUCACUGUGGUGGAGACACUAGUCGAUGGCAAAGUGGUCCAGACGAGCAAGACUGUGGACGUGGAUGUGGAUGAGGUCGCAUGAAGUGUUUACUAAUAG